AUGACUACCGAGAAUAAAUCCAUUGGAAAUAUCAACGACACGGAGAUGGAGACUGCUCAUGAUCAGCAUGAGGACGGUGGAGCUACCGUUCUACCUUCAGGUUGGAAGUACAAACAAUUUCGCGUAUUCGGCUUCAACGUCCCCUGGUAUGCGUCGCCCAGAGUUCAGCUGGUAAUGGUCGCAUUUGUGUGCUUCAUGUGUCCUGGUAUGUUCAAUGCGCUCGGUGGAAUGGGAGGUGGUGGAAGGACAGACGCAACACUGUCAGACAAUAUGAACACAGCUCUAUACAGCGCUUUCGCAGUCUUCGGUAUCUUCGGCGGUACAUUCGUGAACAAGCUCGGUGUGAAAUGGACCCUCGCAUUCGGUGGCAUUGGUUACAUGCUGUACGCAAUUAGUUUGCUCGUCUCGCUGAAACAUCACGUCCCCGGCUUUAACCUCUUCGCCGGUGCUUUCCUUGGUAUCUGCGCUGGUCUCCUCUGGACCGCCCAGGGAACAAUUAUGAUCUCCUACCCAAUGGAGACUAAGAAGGGUACCUAUUUUGCCUGGUUCUGGGGAAUUUUCAACAUGGGCGCCGUGGUCGGUAGUUUGAUUCCACUGGGCCAAAACAUGCACACAAAAGAAAACGUCACAGUCUCCAGUGGCACAUACAUCGGUUUCAUUGUCCUCAUGGCCAUCGGUGCACUCCUAGCCCUCUGCCUGUGCAACGCAAAGGAUAUUAUCCGUCCAGACGGCAGCCGCGUUAUCCUAAUGAAGCAUCCUACUUGGCAAUCCGAACUAAAGGGUCUCUGGGAGACACUGCGCUUCGAGCCUUUCGUCGUUCUACUCUUCCCUAUGUUCUUCGUUUCCAACUGGUUCUACGUCUACCAGCAGAAUUCCGUCAACGGCGCCCACUUCACCACCCGCACCAAGGCGCUGAACAAUCUUCUCUACUGGCUUGCUCAGAUCAUUGCUGCUGGUAUCUGGGGUGUUCUGCUCGAUGGCAAGAGUGUGCGACGUUCCGUCCGUGCAAAGAUUACAUGGGUUGUUCUCCUUAUUCUAACAUUCGCCAUCUGGGGUGGUGGUUAUGCGUACGAGAAGACCUAUACCCGAGCCUCUGUUGCUAAAGGCUCUGGUUUCGUGGCGACAGAUUGGACUACAAAGGGAUAUGUGGGACCAAUGUUCCUAUAUCUCUUCUAUGGUUUCUACGAUGCUGCGUGGCAGGCUAGUAUUUACUGGUUUAUGGGUGCUCUUUCGAACUCUGGCCGUCGCUCUGCAAACUACGUUGGUUUCUACAAGGGUAUUCAGUCCAUUGGUGCGGCCGUUGUUAACAACCUUGAUGCGAGAAAGCUCUCAUAUGAGAAGGAGUUUAUCAGCAAUUGGGUCCUUCUGGGUGUUUCCCUUGUUGUUGCUGCUCCCGUUAUCUUCUUGAAGAUUAGGGAUCAUGUUGAUCUCGAGGAUGAUUUGGCUGGAACGGAUGAGACUAUUGCUGAUGUUUUGCCGGCCGAUCAUCCCGAGAAGGUUGCGAGAGAGGUUGGCGCAGCAUGA